AUGACGAAAGAAACCCUCUUCUACCAGUUCGCCGUGGACUCACAGGUGUUCUUCAAAUCCAAGUACACCUAUGCGUUGGUGAACCUUAAGCCCUUGGUUCCGGGCCACGUGCUUGUGGUUCCUUUAAGAACCAGUGUGCUUCACUUUGGUGACUUGACUCCCUCAGAGUCCGUGGACUAUAUGACCUCUUUGCAGCUCAUCCAGGGGCUUAUAAGGAAGGUAUACAAAGCAGAUGCUCUUAAUAUUGCUAUUCAGGAUGGACCCGAGGCUGGCCAGUCGGUGCCCCAUCUUCAUACGCAUUUGAUUCCACGGUUCAAGACUGAUGGAUACGGUGAUGGUAUUUACCAGAGAUUGGAGAAAACAGACUUGGAAGCUGCUUAUAAGGACUUCUUUGCCCGUAAGGAGUCGUUCCAGAGAGACGGUGGUUUUAAAGCUCCCUCUGACGAUCUGAGGGAUCCAAGGACCGCUGAGGUGAUGAGCAAGGAGGCUGACUUUUUGAAAGCAGAGCUUGAGAAGUACCAGCAAGAGCUUGAGACUGCGGAAUAG